AUGACUGACUGCCCAUCAAGGAAAAGAAAAAGGGUAUAUGGAACGUUUGCUUGUGAUUACCCUGACUGUGACCGAGCUUUUUCUCGUGCAGACCAUCUUUCCCGUCAUAAGCGUAAUCAUGACGUUUCCAGAAACUAUAGAUGUACCUGGCCCCAAUGCCUGAUGACAUUUACACGAAGUGAUAUCAAAGACAAGCAUUACAAAAGGCAUUUGACCAAAUCCAAUAAUUAUCAAGAUACUGAUUCAUUUCCGAGGUUAGGUAAAACAUUAUCGCCUUCAGAUUUGAUCGAGUGGCUAUUUCACGAGGAAAACUCCAUUCCAUACGAGUCUGAUGUUUUGUCACAUCAAAAUGGGAGCAAGGGGUUUGAUUUCCUUGAGGUUUUCCAAUUGAAGAAUCAUUCAAGCCAGAGAAAGUUGGUGUCUGAGUCACUAAGGGACUCUUUUAUUACAUUGAUUCCGAGCUUAGGCUCAAAUAUAGACUUUUCAAUUCCUAAACUUGAGCGUGCUUUAGAGAUUUACUGGUUAAUAUAUCACCCACAAUAUCCCAUACUUCAUCGUCCUUCAUUUGCAACAGCAGAGUCAAAUCCCUUAUUACUACUUGCAAUGAUAAUGUUAGGUACCAGCCUUUCAUCAUGUACCGGUAAAUCAGAAGAUUUUGAGAAUCCAAAUUUAAUGGCAGAUGAAAUAGCGAUCCCAUUACGAUGGUUAAUCUUUUCUCAUGGCGAAUGCAAACCACCUGCAAAAGCAUGGGUAGUUCAAAGUCUACUAUUAUUAGAAACUUAUGAAAUUACAAGCUCCAGCCGGUUCUUACAUGAAAGAGCGUAUUUGCAUCAUGGUUCAAAAGUACAACUUUUACGAAGAUCGCCAGUAUUGGGAGGGGAUCAUUCCAAUGAUGAAGUAGGAAAAAAAUGGAUAGAGGCCGAAUCAAUAAAACGGGCCACUUUAAUGGCAUUUUACUUGGACACUGUUCAUGCCACUGUUUACGGUCAUAUGAUAAUUCUUUAUGCCCAUCAAAUCAAACUUUCAUUACCUUGUGAAGAAGAAUUGUGGGAAAACGAAAACGAAUACCCUUCCAAAGUUACUUCCCCUCCUAAGUUUCUAUCUACAUUGAAAAAAUUGUUACAUAGAAGGAAAGUCGAAACCGGAGCAUUUGGUAAAAAAAUAUUGUUAGCAGGCCUAUUAACCAUCAUGUUCCAAAUGCAACAAAAAGACUUACAAUUAUCUUUUUUAGAAUGGAAUACAAUGAAAGAAUCUUGGAAGCAGACUAUUUCUUUAGCUAUUGAUGUAUGGAGAGUAGAUAUAUGUACAAAAGAUGGUUGUUGUGAUACCUUGAAUUCUUUAAAAUUCCCACAAGAAGAAGUUGAAAAGCUUCCACCAUCUUUGAGACUCGAUGAUAAACGAUGUAAGUUUGGACUUUAUCAUAUUUCACAAAUUUACAUGAGAAUAUCUCAUUAUGAUUAUAUCAUAUACGCUGGUGCGCCUAGAAGAAUGAAUGUAAAAGCAGGAAUGUCUCAGUAUAAAGGAGUUGAAGCAAGGAUUAAUGACUGGUCAAAUAGCAUCAAUGGUGGAGUCAGUGUUAUCCAUGCAUAUCUCUUUCUAUCAGAAAUGCUACUAUCAGAAGAUAAUGAUGAUAUUUCUUAUAGUUAUGACCCAAAUGGUGAUCCAUUCUUACAUAGAAGAAAUAUCAUUGCAAGUGCUGUUUUAGUGAUUUUUGCGUAUAACUUUUCUUUGGAAGGACCGGAAGCUAAUAUUUUCGAUAGAAUUCAAGGAGAUUAUUAUCCAGACAAGGAAGACGCACAUCUGUACUUAAGAAGGAUUAAAAAAAGUUUAUCUAAACAUGGUUCAUUUAAAAACCUUACUAGCUCGCAAUUCCACGAUUCUACAAAGUUGCAUGCAAGUUAUCUUGCAACCAUUCCUGGUAAAAAUAAUAUAGUAGGCUUAUUAAAGUUUUUUUACAAAGCUUACCGAAAUUGCCAUUGGGAAAUUGGUCGAGAAUAUUCGAAUUUAUUUAAAAAUUGCAUGGAGCGGUGUUUAGGUAGAGCUAAGAUUACGUGUGAGACUAUGUAUGAUACAAAGCUUCUUUAA